ACCAGGUGCCGAGGACACCUGGGACGUCCAGGUCAGAAGCACAGACAGGAACAGAGCAUCGACUUCACAUGACUGACAGUUUCCUGGACCCAAGUCUCCACCCUGGUCCCAGGGCUGGUCCUUGUACCAGCUCUGGGCCCAGUCCUGGUCCUGGUCUUGGUUGCGGUGCUGGUCCCGGUGCUGGUCCUGGUCCCGGUGCUGCUCCUGGUCCUGGUGUUGAUCCUGGUCUCAGUCCCGGUCCUAGUCCCGGUCUUGGUUGCGGUGCUGGUGCUGGUUCUGUUGGCUUGUCCUGCCAGGCCGAGCUCAGUCCAGACCAGCAGAGUCUGUCAACCAUCGAGUCCCGAGCUCUGCAAGAGGCUCCGCCCCCUGAGGAGGCUCCGCCCCCUGAGGAGGCUCCGCCCCCUGAGGAGGAGGAGGGUCUGAAUGACUUUCAGAGGAAGAUGAAGAACGAGCAUCACCAGGCGCUGAGAAACAGCAGCAGUGGCUGUGUUCUGCUGGAGCGACACCGCAGGAAACGCAUCACUCAGAGCUGCAGCCGGCUGCGACAGCUGCUACCCACAAUCCCUGGCGGCCGCGUUGACAUGGUAACGGUGCUGGAGAUGACUGUGGCUUUCCUUGAGACAGUUCAGGAAGUAGUCCCGGCCCAGGACCACGAAACACAGCUGUGGCCUCCUGCUGAGCUUCAUGGUGAUUGGCUGCUGCAGAGUCAGGCGACCAGGAAGCUGGGACACAAGAUGGCCGCCAAGCUGAAGAGAAAACAGCAACUGAUGUGACAUCACGCUGCACAUCACCCAGCCUGUCUGUCUGCCUGUCUGUCUGCCUGUCUGCCUGCCUGUCUGUCUGCCUGUCUGUCUGUCUCUCUGAUGCCCUCAGUAAAGCGUUCCCUGACAGUCUCUGUCUGUCUGCCUGUCUGUCUGUCUGUCUGCCUGCCUGUCUGUCUGCCUGUCUGUCUGUCUGUCUGUCUGCCUGCCUGCCUGCCUGCCUGUCUGCCUGUCUGUCUGUCUGCCUGUCUGUCUGCCUGUCUGUCUGUCUCUCUGAUGCCCUCAGUAAAGCGUUCCCUGACAGUCUGUGUGUCUGUCUGCCUGUCUGUCUCUCUGAUGCCCUCAGUAAAGCGUUCCCUGACAGUCUGUCUGUCUGUCUGCCUGUCUGUCUGUCUGUCUGUCUGACAGUCUGUCUGCCUGUCUGUCUCUCUGAUGCCCUCAGUAAAGCGUUCCCUGACAGUCUGUCUGUCUGUCUGCCUGUCUGUCUGUCUGUCUGUCUGACGUCUGUCUGCCUGUCUGUCUCUCUGAUGCCCUCAGUAAAGCGUUCCCUGACAGUCUGUCUGUCUGUCUGCCUGUCUGUCUCUCUGAUGCCCUCAGUAAAGCGUUCCCUGACAGUG